UAUAAAUCAAGAUCUGUUAGAUUUUAGAAAAAAUUUUAGUUUCAAUUUUAUUAUUUAAAGAUUUCAAAUGUAUCGAUUUACGUUUUUUUCUAAAAAAAGUUUACCAUUACUUCGACCUUUGACAAAAGUGAAAGUUAUUACUGGUAGUAAUGCGUCGAGUCUUCGUAAUUCUUUUCCAUUAAUUUCGGGGGCAUACCGUCAAAUUUCAUUAAACUCUUCUGAUAGUGAAGCUAGUAGUAGUAAUAAUGUUGGUGAUAGUAAUACCGGUAAUUAAUCUUAUUAAUCUUGGUGAACAAGAUCCUCAUUCAAAAAUUAUGGAAAUUCUUCGAGAAUCAGUAGUAAUGAAUGAUCGAACUCAUACAAUCGAAUCACAAGUUAGAUAUGGAAAAACUUUUCGAUACGGUGAAUUGUAUGCACCACAUGAUUUAAAUGAAAAUAAUUAUAAGAAUAGGAAAAGUAUGAGUAGAUGGGAACCGCCAACUGUUGAUACAUUUAAUGCAUUAAGACUCAAUCCAUUAAUUGAAUAUAAGAACUUUACAUUACUUUCCAAUUUUGUUUCGGAUAUGGGUAGAAUUCUUCCAAGAUCAGUUACAGGUUCGACGGCAAAGAAUCAAAGAAAAUUAGCAAAAGCUAUUAAACGUGCAAGAUCAUUUGGAUUAAUUCCUUCUACACAUAGACGCAAAGUUAAUUUUUAUGAUACAGAAUUUAUGGCAUUUCGGAUGAAAAAAUCGAGAAAUAAAGAAGCACUUGAUUUCGAAUCAUAAAAAUUUAUUGUGAUGAUUUUAAAAAUAUAUUGUAUCAUCAUGGCAUCAUGACUUCAAAGUGUAGUGUUAAUUUAAAAAAUUUGAUUAAUUUUGAUAAUAAAUUUUGAAUCAGAUUUGAAUCAGAUUUUUGAAUCAAAUCUAAUGUUUGUAUCAGUCAUAUACUGGUCACACGUUGUAUUUAGUAUUUACUAUUUAUCUAAGAUGUAAAAGUAUGGAUCUAUUAUAUUGUACGACCAAUCCUUUCUUGACGGACUUGUAUGUUUGUAAC